AUGCUCGCCCGCACUAUCUUCUUCCUUGCGAUGGCCGCCGCGGCGGCUCCCUGCUCCGCGCAGUUGAUGCGACGGGAGUCUGGCAGUCGCAAAGGCCCCUCGGCGCUCCAGGCGGCCUUGCAGGAGCUGCUGGGUGAGGUGGCGUCCCAUCGGCUCUUCGCGAUCGAGGCCAGCGUGCGGCCGACCUACGAGGCAUUCCCCAAAAAUGCCAUGGGCCAGAUCCCAUCGCAGGAGAUCUUCGCUGCCAUCGUCCGGGCUUACUUUCUGAAAGAACAUGGGUGGCUCCUCAAAGGCCUGGAGCCCCCGAGCAUGGUGCCUGCAGUGACGACGGUGCCCCAGUCAGACGUUCUGCGCGAGAAGGCCCCCAAGCUUGCCGAGGCGCUCCAGCGUCUGCUUUCCGCCGAUCGCGGGCUCUCUCUCAGCGACGUCGUCGGUACGAUUGCCGCCCUCGAGCACCUGCUGCUCGGGGAGUCCACGGCCUUGCUGCGCAGCGCGUACGCGCUGAAUGAGCGUGACCCAGAGAAGCGGCUGGAUGAAGACGGCCUCCAUGAUGUACUUCAAUCGUACCUGUUGCUCUUCCGCCACGGGCUGCCGCGCAAUGUGACGGACGUGUCCCUCCACCAGCGGAUCAAGGCCCGUGCGGCGCAGGCGGAGGACUGGGAGGCGCUCCUCAAGUUCGAGGCGGACGCCGUGGUGGAGGCCGAGGUGCUCGAGGGCCACGCGACCGAUCAUCGUCGUCAUCAUCCUCAUCGUCAUCCGCGUCACUCCUUCGAGGAGGCCGCGGCGAUCGCCUCGGGGAUGACGCUCCGCUUCGGGAAGUGGCAGAACUCGGAGUGCGUCCAGAUGAAGGACAAUCUCAUGGCCCUCGGGUCCUCGAACGGGCGCGUGCCGUUGGACGUGUUCCAUUCCGAGAAGAAGCACGCGAGCUAUCAGUUCACUGAGACGGCCGAGUACCUCCAGCGGGCAGGCGCCCUCGACGAGGCCGAGGACGGCACGCAGCAGGUGCUCGUCGCCAACUACCUGCUGGGCCGCUCGAACUGCAUUGCCUCCUCCGAGUACUACUCCGUCUGA